UACCAGCUAGCCAAUAUAACUUGUGCCGAUGGGUCGUUGGAUGGAUCUGCAGAUGUCAGAUAUAAGAAUAUGUUUUGGCAUUUAUUGCCUUUUGGUAUUGCAUUUAUCUAUAUAUCAAGUAAAUGGGACCAUUAAGGAUGAUAAAGAGUAUCAUAUAGUGAGCAAAUUUGACAGAGAAUUGGAGAAUAAACUUUAUGACCAGAAGACCGAAGUUAUCGCAGCAAACUUCAGCCAGACUUAUAAGAACAUCACUAAUGUGGAUAGGGAAGUCAUCUUUGAGUAUACAUACCAGGAGAUCAUCAAUGAGACAACAGCUGUUAGAAUUACAGUAUCACUCCCAACUGUCUCCGAAGUCCACAUCAACAACCCUGUUCUGUUUGUGGUGCGGCAACAACAAGGAAUCCUGUCCUGGCGAGUGCCAAUGUACCUGGAAUAUGUUUACACGUAUAACGUGGUCAGUCGUAACCUCUGUCCUGUUGAUGCCAUCCAUCGGAACUCUUCAGCCAGUAACCAGACUGUUUUCGUUGAUGUAUCAACUUUCUCUAAACAGAACACCACAUUUACAAUCUCGGCUGAUUUUGUGACAGAUUUUCACCUCAGCACUGGUGAGAUCAGGAAUGUGAAUGUGACCCCGUCAGAGCCCCAGUAUUUUAUGUACACAUUCCCGGACAAUGUAGACUCGGUGAUUGUACAGGCUAAAUCUGACAGCGACCUCUGUAUGAUAUUCUCAGUGCAAGAUGUCAAGUGUCCUGUGUUUGACCUUGACCGAGAUGUUGAAUUUUCUGGUGUUCACCAAACAAUGACCAAACAAGCUGCCAUCACUGCUGAGAAAUCUCAAUAUGGGCAGAAAUCAUUCUACAUUGUGACCGUACUGAAGCCUUCAGACUAUGACUGUAACGGUAUAGAGACUAUACAAUCACCUGGCUACACUCGCAGGAAACAGCUGACGAUACAGGUGUAUGGAACUAUAAGUGCUAAGAAGUAUUACGUCGGAAUUUUAGGAGCAGUGGGAGUAUUUGUUGGAUUUUACGUGGUAGCCUUCCUGGUCGGAGUCUUAUAUCACGGCUGUCGAAAAAAUUGGGGUGUGUGGGAAUUUGUACUCGAGGAAGAUAUAGAAGAGACAAAUCCUCUCACAGGAAGGGAUCUCUCCGGUCGUCAUGGAUACGGUACUGUAGAACCAGACCCAGAUUCAGAGGAAAGCAGUGCCCAGAGAAAUAAAGAGAUGUACUCAGUUUCCCCGUCUGGGGCCCCACCUUACCACAGGACCCCCUCUGAGGAAGACGUUGACUUCCUAGAUGAUUCCACCAGUGAGAAAAAUGUCAUUCGUACAAAAACUGCACUCUUUGUGUGUGACUUGGCUUUGAAGCCAAAGAAGCGACAGGAGAAAAACUACAAGCUCUUUUGUAGAAACCUCGUAGCUAUUUCUAUUUUCUACGGUCUACCGGUCCUCCAGCUUGUUGUGACAUACCAAAAGGUUUUACACGAGACUGGUGACCAGGAUAUCUGUUACUACAACUUUGACUGUUCCCGGCCCCUCGGGGUACUUAGUGCCUUCAACAAUGUAUUCAGUAACAUUGGCUACAUCAUGCUUGGGUGUCUGUUCCUAUUACUGGUGUGGAGGAGAGAUUUGGUUUAUAAAAAGGCAGUAGAGAGAAACCCUAUGGUAGAAACAAAAUAUGGCCUUCCACAACACAAUGGUUUACUGUACGCGAUGGGGCUGGCACUGUGUAUGGAAGGCGUGAUGAGUGCCUGCUACCAUGUCUGUCCCAACUACUCUAACUUCCAGUUUGACACCUCGUUCAUGUACAUCAUCGCCUGUCUGUGUGUGCUGCGGAUUUAUCAGAGUAGACAUCCAGAUAUCAGCGCCAAGGCCCACACUUCCUACCUCGUAAUGGCGUUUGUCAUUUUCAUAGCUGUUGUUGGUGUGGUAUAUGGUACAAGUAUUUUCUGGAUCCUGUUCGCACUUGUUGACAUGCUUGCCUCACUUCUCCUCAGUGUCUAUAUCUACUACAUGGGUCGUUUUAAACUGAACACAGGGAUCAUUACAAAGUUGUACUUAUCCAUACGGUACGAGUGUGGCCAUUGUACUACACCAAUGUAUAAGGACAGACUUAUAAUACUCUUUAUAGGGAAUGUACUGAAUUGGAGUUUUGCCAUAUAUGGAGCCGUGAAUAAACCCUCCGACUUUGCCAGCUACUUGUUAGGGAUAUUUAUAGUAAACCUUCUUCUCUAUUGUCUCUUCUACAUUAUAAUGAAGUUGAGAUAUAAGGAGAAGAUUCACCCUAUAGCAGUCAUGUGUAUCCUAACAGCAGCAGUAGUGUGGGCCUUUGCUCUCUACUUUUUCUUCGCUCAUCUAACAUCCUGGCAGCUGACUCCAUCAAAGUCUAGGGAAGGUAACAAAGGCUGUAUGUUGCUGGAUUUCUAUGAUGCACACGAUGUCUGGCAUUUCUUGUCGGCCAUCGCCAUGUUUUUGUCAUUUUUGGUCCUUUUGACCUUGGAUGAUGACCUGUUCUCCACACGCAGGGACAGAAUCACAGUAUUCUGAAGAUAUCCCAAUAACAACUGAUGAUGAUGUCAUCGAUUGACAAAGUGAUAGACAUUCUCUGAUAAUACAGUAUUACUCCUGCUGUGUCAUAUGUCAUAAUAUCGGCAUUUAAAAAAGUCGUAACAACUGUAUAAUAUUUGAAUAUGCCUACAAAAUAGUUGAUAUAAAGUGUUUAUUUUGUGACGAAUGUUGAUAUGAACAAAAAAAUCUACAUUGAAUGAUGACAUUAAAGUCUUUCUACAGAAGUCAAUGCCCCAGAAAAUGUAUAUAAAUAAUGAUGUAUUAAACUGAAUUUCCAAUAAUGCAAACUCAUUUUAAUCCAGAAUAAAGUAUUUAUCUCCCAAAUAAUAAAUAUGCUGUAUGAAGGUCUAAACUAGUCAAGCAUUUAUCCCACAGGACAACUCUAGUAAGCUCUAUAACACUGUGGGUGUGUGAGAAAAUGUGGUUUACCAUAUAUGGUACUUUUGAAUUAAAUCACUUCCUACCAUAGUUCUUGUUUGACAACCCUGAGUCCUUGAACUGGGUAGAUAUUUUACUGUCCAGGAGUAUCACUAAUGAUAAAUAAUAUUAAUAUAAAACAGUGAGAGUGCCUAAACUGAAUUCCUGCUGUACAUGCUUAAGUUGGUAAAACCUCAAAGUACUGUAAAACAUAUUCUUCAUAAUGCAUAUACUAUUUACCUUGUUACUGUUUGAAUUGUGUUAUUGGACAUGUGGACAUUACUUAGAGAUUUUUUUAUUUGAAGGAUUUUUGUAUAUGUCUGACUUGAUGUAUGAUCCUUAGAUGUGCUUUUCAGAUCAUUCCAAAUACAAAAUGUUGUUGAGCAUUUUUGCAGUAAAUAUUGUGUCUGACAGAGGAUAUAUAUUGAUGAAAAUGCGUUUAUAAUUACAUUGAAUUUCAAAUAUGUUUAAAGACUUCAUAAAAUUUAAUUUUGGAAAACAUUUUUAUUUACAACGCAUUUCAGAUGCAUUUGCAUGAGUGAAUAUGUAUUUUGUUUAUUUGAAUGUUAAAUACAUUUGGAUAUGUAUAUACAUUGUGUUUCAAUUUCAUGAUACAUUUGUAUAUUUGAUGUUCAAACACAUUUUGUAUUCUUGAAUAAAAUUAGAAUACAUUUGAAUGUUUGAUUUUAAAAAUGCACUGUAUACGUAUAUUUGAAUAUGGAAUACAUUUAUUUUAUAUAUUGAGAUUUAGAACGCAUUUGUAUAUUUCAAUAUAUCAUACAUUUAAUUUCGUACGUUUGGAUUUUUGAUGCAUAUUCAUGCGAUAUUAAGCUAUAUUGAUAUAAAUUCUUUAUUACAAUUUUUACCAGUGAAAAAUAUCACAUUUUCUUAUUUGACCGAUCAGAACACUGCUAACAAACUAUAAUGGGAGAAAAAAUAGCUAACCUGUAUAUUUUGGUAUAAAAAUGUAGUAAAAAAUAUUUACCAGAAUCUCCAUUAUGGCAUUAAUUCCAGAUAUAUUUCACUCGUGUGCCUAAUAUUGCGCACUGGUAAAAACAUCUGUAUUAGCCCCACCUGAGAGAUAUAUCUGAAAGUACUGAAGACACUGUUAAAUAUCCUCUAUGUAUACAGUACAUGUCUCACUUUACGUCUAAGUACUGUAAAACUUUAAGGAAACUCAAGUAUGGAAAUAAUAUCUAUAUAAUGUACUGUACAUUCCAAUGUUGUCUAUUUUUGUUGUACGCAAAGUAUCUGUGAUAUAUAUAUGUGUUCACUUGGCCAAAAGAAGUUUAUUGCUUAAAAUAUUUAACUGUAUAUUUACAAUAUUUCGUGGUACUAAUAUUUCACAGUUGCCCCUGUUAAUCAAGUACUACAUUGAAACGAGACCGGAACAAAUAUGGGGAUGAUAUUUGAUAUAAAUGAUCAUAUUUCAUGUUAUUUUCAUCACUGCGGUUCAUAUUUGGGGGCAUAUAUUUAUCCACAUAAAUAUUAUUUGCAAAAUAAACAACUGAUAUACAACCCUAUAAUAUGUAUUUUUUCGCUAAACAUGCAUAUGGAAGUUAGUUAUCUCUUUUUCUCUUCAAAUCCUUUAUGGAUCUCUCAGAUUUCAUGUUAACAGAAAAAGAGGAAAAAUGAGAAAAUUAGGAGAAACGAUUUGAUAAUUUGAUUCAAUAUUUGGCGCCAAGGACCUCUAGUCCGACCAAUUGCUACAGUCAUUGGAUGAUUCAUAAGAGGUGACUAAAUUUGGGAUCUUACGGUUUAUCAUUCUAAACAACUUUCUUCUUCAUUACGUCUCGUUUUGGGUUGUGUCUCCUGACCGAGACAUACCAGAGUCUAUAAACCCCUGCACAGUACUCAGCAUUUUGGCAGUGGUCUUUCGUUGUCAUUAUGAUAUGAUCAGGUGGUGUGUCCUGCUCGGUGUCUCCGCCGGAAUGCUUCAAUUGCACUAGAAAGUCGUCGCUGUCACAAGUUAACAAACACGAACAUUCCACGGCAUCCCACAAAACAAUUGCACUCAAAAUGUACUCAAAAUGGACAUGCAUCCCGUACGCAGGGGAGACCAUACUUAUUAGCUGCGAUAACGUACCUCAGGACGACGGACGGACAAUUUCUGACAGAUGGUCGUCGUCACGAGAUCAGUGUAGGCAGGGUAUGAAUAUCCGUUCUACAUACUUAUAUGAUCUAAGCUGUUGAUAGGACGCUACAAAAUACUAACCUAAGGGUAGUCAAAUGCUAGUAACAUCGUAAACGAUAAGGAAGCUUAUUUGGGGAUAUAGUACAUUACCAUUGACUUGACUUAUGUCUCUGGUUCCGCUCGGGAACAAAGGGUCACAACAGUACUCCUCCAACUGACACGGUUUAGAGAGACCCUCUUCAGCUCGGCCCAUGUCAUACUGGCUGCCUUCAUUUCCGCGUCUGUGCUCCUUCGCCAAAUCUGCGUGGGUCUGCAAACUUUCCUUCUUCCUUGGGGGUUCCAGUCCAAUGCUUGCCGAGUGACGUUUGCUAUAUUACCAUUAGUAAGGAUAUAUUGAGGUGCAGUAUGACGGAGAAAGAUAUAUACUAUUUUAAUAAUAUUUUCCAAUUACGAUGUGGAUUUCUGAAUUGUAUUGUUUUCUAUGUUGAAAUGUUGUGGAAUUUUAUAAUCAUAAUAAAAAAACUUCUAAACCAUCGCAACAGUUAAAGUGUUUCCUAUGUAUAGUGAUAAUGCAGAAUAAUCCUUUCACAAUAAAAAGGUAGAUCUACUGGGUUUUUUGGGGUUUUUUUGUAAUCUAUAUUUUAUGAUUUGUCUUUAUCCUUGUGUAAUUGCAUGCUAUGUACCUUAGAUCAGAAUGUACGCCUCCGCUUAAAUUGAGAUUACAAUUAUUAACUUUCAAAAUUUCAGCUUUAAAACGAAAAGCAUACAUACUUUAUAUAUUUUAUCAGUAUACUUCAAGGUAUGAAGGCGGCCAUUUUGAAAUAAAUGACUUUUGAAUCAG